ACUCCCUCUCCCCAGGGUGCCGUGUGAAGAGGUUAAGGCCUGAGGUGGCCAUGGCCAUGGGGUCUCCGAUGACUGCCUUGUGUCUACUGGGGUUGCUGGCCACUUCCUGCCUGGGAGAGAAGGACUGGAGAGGAGAAUGCCCAGACAUUACCCCUUACAGGGAAAAGGUGGGAGUGAAAAGGUGGGAGGACCCAGACGUCCCCGUGAAGCUGAAUGGCUUCGACUCGAAGUGCCAGGGCUGGGUGGAAGUGUGCUGGAAGAAAGGUUGGUACCCAGUGUCAUGGAGGAGCUGGACACAGAAGAUGGACAUCUCUCAGGCCUCCAAGCUCUGCCAGAAACUGCACUGUGGGAAUGCCCUGACCUUUUUUGAUGGCAUGCCUGAAUCCCCAAAACACAUCACCUGUCAAGGAGCAGUGGGGUCCUUCUCCAACUGCAGCCUCAACAUGGUACACAAGAGGGACUCUCUGGGCGUGGUCUGCAUCGAACCGAAGAAGACAACCCCUGCACCCACAGUCCCGCCACCCACGCCAACUCCGGAGCCCACAGAUCCUCCCAGGAUGCAGCUGCUGCCCGGGUCCUGGGGUCUGCAGUGCGCGGGCUGGGUGGCCUCCUACCAUGGCAGCCUGGGUGGCACCAUCAGCUCCAAGAACCAGGACAGGGCCCAUGGGCUGCUGAAUUUCAUCUGUGACACACUUCAGUGUGGCUCCUUCCUGCGGUUCCUGGACACCGAGGCCACUGAGACCCCCAGCUCAAUGGAGAAUCCAGUCCUCCCCAUUCGGUGGAAGAUCGAGAACUCGAGCGUCAGCAUCCUGGAGCAGCCUUUACAGGAGGCCCAGCUCAGGGAUUACAGCCCAGCUCUCGCCAUCGUCUGUUCUGGUUUCCAGCCCAAGGUGCAGAGCCGCCUGGCAGGGGGCAGCGGCCUGUGUGCAGGCGCGGUGGAGGUGCGGCAGCGCGGGCGCUGGGCGGCGCUGUGCGAGACCUCGAAGGCGCGGGACACGGUGCUGGCGGAGGAGGUGUGUCGCCAGCAGCAGUGCGGUCCCCUCCUCUCACACCGCCUGCUGGACGCCGGCGAUGCGGCCGGCCCCGGCUUCUCCUGCACCGAGAGGAACCUGUCCCUCUGCCACCACCUGCAGGACAAGAAGAGCAAGUGCAAGCGGGUGUUUGUCACCUGCCAGGAUCCGAACCCCGAGGGCCUAGGCGCCGGCACGGUGAUGAGCAUCAUCCUGGCCCUGGUGCUGCUGGUCCUGCUGCUGGUCCUCUGUGGGCCCCCCGCCUACAAGAAGCUGGUGAAAAAAUACCGCCAGAAGAAGCAGCGGCAGUGGAUCGGCCCCACCGAAAUGAGCCAGAACAUGUCCUUCCAUCGUAACCACACGGCCACCACCACCGUGCGCAUCCAGGCAGAGAACCCCCCAGCUGUGCACACUGUCGAGAAUGAAUACAGCCAGCCCCCCAGGAACUCCCAGGCCUCGGCCUACCCAGCUCUGGAAGGCACCCUGCACAGGGUCUCCACACAGCCUGACAACUCCUCCGACAGUGACUAUGACCUGCACAUCACUCAGAGGCUGUGACUGAGCCAAGAGCUCAGGCCUAUCUGUGGUUCUGCACAUGGAAGGAAGUUAUGUUCCCCCACCUCUGUCCCAGCAGGUCAGUGAUGGUGCCACCUCUCAGAUGUGCCCCCCUGCCCGCAGGUCACUUGCCACCUCCCCAGGAGCCCGGCCCAGGCGAAGAGCCCCUCCCCCAGCCCAGCCAACCAGCCCCUCCAAGGGUGGACAUCACUCAGGGCCCUGUGGGUGGAAAUCAGUGUCCAUGUGGCCUGGGCUGUCCUGAAACUCUGUCCCCAGUAAUGGGGUGCCUAGGGGUGCCGUGUCUGCUACACAUUCUUUGUAAAUAAUGCUUUUUUGUACUUCCCUGAAGAUGCGAGUGGCCAGUCUGCUUGAUCUGGGUUUGCCCCUGGGGGUCCCUUUGGGGCUGCACCUGAGAAGGGGCCCUUCUGGAGGAAGCUGGCAGCCUGGUCGGUGGUCUGAACCCUUCGUGGGAAGAAGGGUGAGCUGAGUCACAGUGGGUACUGGCGUGAGGGGUGACUGCCUGGCCCAGAGUCACUUCCCCACCAGCACACCCCAGGCUCCCCAUACAGCCCCCCAAGCCUCUGGGCCCCUCCCUAAUGGACAGUAGGGACCAGAGAGCAGGAGCCCAGCUGUCACCCACAGAAUACAGGGCUCAUCAUGCUGAGUCUGUGUGUACAAUUGCAGGAAGGGCAAAGGCAAUGGGGUUCCUGGAACCCUGAACCUUCUAAAUCCCCCCUCUUCUCCACCAGGUGGGCACUGCACCACCUGACCCCAAGUUGGGGUCCCCUGUGAGCCAGAAGGGGAAAGGCCUCCUCAAGAAUUGGGGGGCCUCACCGGGGCCAUCAGAGGCGCCUGAGAAGCUGCAGGGGGCCUGGGGAUACACUAUCUGGGUCAGGGUACCCUGGGAGCAGCAGGGGGCAAAGACACAAGCCACAGAAGGUUCUGGAAGAGUCACAGGAUAACAUGGGAGAGGAGUGCCCGCAAGAUCAUGGCAAUUGGAGGUGCCCACAUGCCAAAAGUCUGGUCAUCAUGCUGCCUCCUGACCCCCCAAGACCCUCCAGGAAGCCUCACCCCACCCCCCAGCCACCAGCUCAGGACUCUUUGUCAGCAACCCUACUUGGUGGGGGAUGAUGCCUCAAAAAGCCAAGGAGAGGCAGCUGUUGGGAGGACAGAGGAUGGGGAGCACCAAAUGCCCCCUCCCAACGCCUUUUUAGAUAAACUCUUUUUUUUUCCUGUGUGUACA